CUUGUUUUAGUGCGGGACGCCUUAUCGGUGGAAGCACUGCUCUUUUUCUCUCUGUCUCUCUCUGUUUUGUGUGAAAGCAAGAGGGGAAGAAAAUGGCGGCAUUUCGGUGGAAGAGCUUCUCAGAGGAUCAAGAUCGUCCGGAGAAGCCUCGGUGGUUCGGUGUCACCGAGAUGAGAAUCCCUCAUUACUCCCUCCUCUCAGAAAACCUCCUUCAGGAUAUUUUCGAGUCUAUGGGACAGUUUAUUGAUGGGUUAAAAUUUUCUGGGGGUUCUCAUAGUUUGAUGUCAAAAGAACUCAUCAAAGAAGUGAUAAACAUGGCCCACCGGCACAAUGUAUAUGUCAGUACUGGUGACUGGGCCGAACAUUUGCUUCAUAAAGGUCCAUCUGCUUUCAAGGAGUACAUAGAGGAUUGCAAGCAAUUGGGUUUUGAUACAAUUGAAUUAAAUGUGAGAUCACUUAAAGUUCCUGAAGAAGCAUUUCUGCGAUUUAUCCGGUUGAUUAAGAGUGGUGGCUUGAAAGUCACGCCUAACUUUUCUGUGAAUUUUAACAAGUCUGAUAUCCCUGUUUCUGGUGAUAGCACAGUUGGAGAUUAUGUGGUCCCAGUGCCGCAAACACCUGAAAAAGUUGAGGACGUUGACCUCUUGAUCAGAAGAGCUGAAAGAUGCUUGGAAGCUGGUGCAGACAUGAUAAUGAUUGAUGCUGAUGGUGUGUGCAAAUAUGCUAAGUCUAUACAGGCAGACAUCAUUGCCAAGGUCAUAGGGCGUCUUGGGCUUGAGAAGACCAUGUUUGAAGCAUCCAGUGCUAGAACUUCUGAGUGGUUUAUUAGACAAUAUGGUCCAAAGGUGAACCUUUUUGUGGAUCAGUCUCAAGUGAUGAAUCUGGAGUGCCUCCGAGGCUGUAACCUCGGUAAAGAUCACAAAUUUGUCCUCGGCUCUUCCUAUUAUAUGUUCUGAACUGGCUCUCGUGGUUCAGAUGCCUUGUCUAUUUUGAAAGUGGUUAUAUUUUUCAUUUGUCUGUUGUGUGUUGGAUGAUGGUGAAUGUGUUUCUUUAUAAAGUGGAAACAUUGAAACUUCUACGUUUAUCUGGCACCCUUGUGCAUAUAGUUUAGCUUUUAUUGUGCCUAUAACUUCUGUUUUACUUGGAUAAGCUGCUAAUAUUUGUCCAUCAAAUAUCUAGUGAAGCAAGGCCAUGUCUGAAUUAUUUC